GUAGAGAAGCAGCCAUGAUGUUGUGUUGGUUCCUUGUGUUUGGUGUUACCAUGUUCCACUGUGGUGUAUGUGACAACACUGGGAAUGACGACCAACUCUUCUAUGUGGACAUUGUGGCACCUCCAGCUGGCCAGGACAUCAGGGUCAUCAUGGCGACUAUAAAUAAUGCCUUGUAUAGUGUAGAGGGCAUCACAGUUGAACAAGCUUUCAAAGUCGUUGGAGAACCACGGGUCGUAACCAUUCUCAAAUUCCAAGCUCUCUGCGACUGGCGACCGUUGGAAGCUGUCCUGUUAGGUGCCAAUCUCACGAUGAAUGUGAAGUCCGUAUAUGGCGAGAUGAAUCUGGCAGCCGAUCUGAAGAUCAACAAAGACCUUCUUGCAAGGGCUCCAGAGCCAGAUAUUAUUCGUGGGGAAUUCUUGUAUCUCGUGGAUGUCCGACUCACCAUGCAAGGGCAAACCGGAUCUUCGUACAAAGAGGAAAUGCGUAACUUCAUAGAACACUGUUUAGAACGUCGAGCUAUUGGCAUACAUUAUGUGAACUACAACGUGCUGGGAGAAUUUCCAAUCCAGAUGCUGUAUUUUGCUGUACACCAUCCAAGAACCGUUGAGAUGACCACGUGGCGAUACAACCCGGGACCACUUGAGAUGACGAACUCUGUAACCCGAAUUGAGCAUCUGGAUGACUACCUUAAUGACAAUUACUGCAACUAAAAUCGUUUAACCUUUGCCUGAAUAAAGU